UCGUCUUCGUUCUCUCCGUAUGCUUUCUACUUUUCCACUGUUGUUUCUCCGUCUGUUUGAUUUUUUUUUUCUUGCGGCUCGCUCAUCCUUUUCGCUACUAAAAAUUUAGCAAGUUCACGUGUAGGCUGUGUCAUGUCUUUGUCUUUGCGGUCUUAAUCUGAAGGAAUUAUCGUUGUUUCUGUUCACGGAAAUGGAACAAAAACGCAAAAUUGGUGGUGAGAGUUUGAGAAAUGAAGAUGCUAUGAAGAAGGACAUGAUCAGUGAGUUGCCUGAAGCUUUACUCCUGCAUAUACUGUCUUCAGUUCCAACAAAAGCUGUCAUAGCCACUAGCGUUUUGUCUAAACGGUGGAGAUCUCUUUGGAAGAUGUUGCCAAAGCUCGAACUUUACUUUGAACAUGACUCUUCAGAGGAUGUUUACAGGUUGCUGAUUUUGCAUAAAGCUCCAAUCCUGGAAAGUUUGCAUUUGUCCAUUGAAGAUAAAAGUGCUCGUUUGGAUAUUAGAAUAUUGAUUGGAAUCGCAUUUUCACGCCACGUGCGUGAAUUGGUGUUGUCUUUCUGCCAUGAGGAUCAACAUACAGUAAGGUUUCCGAGUGUAUUGUGCAGCUAUAACGAUACACUCGAGGUAUUAAAGCUCACGCAGCACAUUCUUUUAGACUUUCCUUCUCGGGUUUGUUUCAAAUCCCUUAGAGAGCUGCAUCUUUACUACGUGGAAUUCGAUGAUGAAGCAUCUGUUUGCAACCUUUUAUCUGGCUGCCCUAGGCUUCAAGAUUUGGUUGUGGAACGACAUAGCAAUUUCGAUGUGGAGACUUACACUAUUACGGUGCCAUCACUACAGAGGCUAACCAUAGAAGAGGAUAGUAGCCAAGAUAUGGAUGGUGGAGGCUAUGUGAUAAAUGCACCAUCUUUGAAAUACUUGAACAUCGAAGGUCUCUAUCGUAUUGACUUCUGUCUAAUUGAGAAUGCGCCAGAGCUUGUGGAAGCAAAGAUCGGAGAUGUUUCUGAUAUAGCCAAUGAAAACAUUCUUGCGUCUCUAAUUUUAGCCAAGCGUCUUUCCUUUUACUUCCCGUUAGAGAUUAAGUAUCCUACUGGUAUCAUCUUCUACCAGCUGGUAUCUUUGGAGCUAGUAAUAAAUGAAAUAAUUUGGUUGAAUCUAUUGUCCUUUAUGCUCGAUAGCUCUCCUAAAUUGCAAAUCCUCAAGCUCAUAGGCCGAUAUCGUGAAGAAUGUCCGGUGGGGUGGGAAUGGAAUCAGCCGAAACGCGUACCAGAAUGUCUGUUGCUCCAUCUGGAGACAUUGGUGUGGACAAGAUACGGAUGGCAACGAGAAGAUGAGAAACAAGUGGCCACAUACAUCCUCAAGAACGCUAGACAGUUGAAGAAAGCAACUUUCGACCCGAAAUACGUCGAACCGGAAGAGCUGGAAAAGAGACGUGAGAUGCUCGACGUGUUGGCUAGUGUGGCCAGAGCCUCUACUUCAAGUCACCUUGUGUUCGAACCAGUUGAUCUCUAGAAUGCUGUUCACUGCUGUUUUGGCAAAUGGGAAAUUCUCAACUUCUUGAAUCUUUCAAGAAGUCUAGUGGAUUCUUAAGUGGUCAGAGUGUGGUGCAUUUUGGUUAUUAAACGUUAUUUGGUAAUCUCGGAAUGAGGCUGAGGCUUUUAAAACAAUUUUAUUUUUCUUAUUUAUUAAUGUUCUCAAGUUAUUAAGAACCAUUUUCCCUCGGAUAUUUAAACAUGUUUAGCAUUAAAAUAACCUACAUGGUAAUUUACUCCAAACCAUAUUAAAAGAGGGAUGCUUUGAAGUUUGAACA